UAGCUGUGUUGUUGGUGUUUGGGUGAACAUAUGAUUCUCUUCAUGCUUUUUUAAUCUUGAUAUUGAGUGUUUUGGUUUCGUCUUAUUUUUUGUCUCUUCUUUUCAUCAUCUAAUGUCAUCUAUUUUAAGAUAUCGUAUUGUUAAUUUAGCUCAUCGUGGUCUACUUCAGGUAACUGGAUCGGAUACAUUUCCUUAUAUUCAAAGUGUAAUUACAAAUGAUUUAAGAGUUCCCAGUAAAAUUGUUUAUGCAACUUUUCCCAAUGCUGUCGGUCGAGUUCUUCUUGAUUUGAUGGUUUAUAAGAUUAAUGGUAAUCCAAGUGAACGCCAAUUGAUGCUCAAUGCUGUUGCCUAUGAAAGAUAUGGAACUGAUGGUAGACCAGAGGAUAGUUUGUUGAUUGAAUGUGAUGCUAAUUUACUUGAAGCUGCAAGGAAAACAUUAUUUGCCUACAAAAUUAGGCGGCAGGUAACUAUUAGUCAUGCCUGUGAUUAUGAUUUGUUUGCUCUUUAUCCAGACAUUGAAGAUGUUCACAGAUUAAAUAGAGCUGAUUUGCCUGAAUUGAGUCAAAUUUUCUCUCCUGAUUUGAUAAUUGGACAAGAUCCUAGAAUUGGCCGUUUUUCUUAUCGUGUCAUUUCUCGUUUGGGCCUUAAAUCAAUAGAUUCUUUGAUACCACUCUUAUCACACCAAAUACCUUAUCCCAUAGUUGAAUCAUCACUCUCAGAUUACCAUCGUUUUAGAUACAAAAUGGGUCUUGCUGAAGGUAAAGAUGAUUAUAAACCUUGUUUCAGCAAUCCGUUGGAAUCCAAUAUUGAUUACAUGAAUGGCUUGGCUUAUUCUAAAGGACAAUUUACUGGUAAAUCCAUAAUUUCACGAAGUAGUGCCAAGUCUUCUCGUAAAUAUAGAUUAAUGCCAAUUAAGUUGUUAUUACCAGAUACACCUAAAGUUAAGGAAUUGAAUUUAGCUUUCGGUACAAGAAUAUUUAGCAAUGACAAGCAACAAUUGAUUGGUAAAUUAAUCAGUCGCAAAGGCUGUCAUGGUUUGGCAGUGUUGAAAUUAACUGGAUGUUUAAAUAAUAACUUUCAAUUGCAUCAUCUCGAAUCAGGUGUUGAAGUUAAUACAUGGUUUCCAAAUUGGUGGCCUGAGCCACUGGCACCAAAAGACUAUUAUCUAGCUCAAAGACAAAUGAAGUUAAUCGAUGUAACAAAUGUACAAAAUAAUCAGCUUCUUAGUUAAUUAAAUAAACUCUAUGUAUUACUAUCAAAUAAUUGCUAAUAAAUGUAAAUAUCAUCUCAAA